AUGUUGAGUUUUAUUUUUUUUACUGUCGCUUGUGCAUUAGCUUGUAAUGCAGAUCCGAUAGCACCCCUACAAGGGAGCUUUAAUAAGUACUUCAUCUACUCAAGACAAUUUAGUCGUGAUCCUGUUGAACUCGACGCUACCAACAUAUGGGCUUCUGCUGAUGUUCUCUCCCUCGAAAACAAUACAACUAUUAUUGUACACGGACAUAAAGGCUCUGGUACCACUACCUUGAAUCCUAUUUUGAAGGACGCUGCCCUCGAAAGCGAAGACAUGAACGUCAUCGUAGUGGACUGGUCGGUCUAUGCAAGCCAGAGCUACAACAACGCAGUAGGUGCGGUCUCCAUAGUUGGUACAGCCUUGGCACAGGUUAUCCAAGAACUAGUUCGCCAAUCAGCUGUCACUUUGGACACAUUGCACUUGAUUGGAUUCGAUCUUGGAGCUCAUGUCGUCGGCUUUACUGGAAGAGCUCUCGAUGGAGAAGUUGCAAGAAUAACUGGUCUUAACCCAUCUGGUAGAGAAUGGGGCACCCAUUCUCCUCGCUUGAACUCGAACGACGCUUUAUACGUUGAAGUGAUUCACACCGACGCCGUAGGUCUCCUCGCCUACGGUGUUGGUGAUGCCAUUGGCGAUGUGAACUUCUACCCCAACGGUGGCACUGGCCAGCCCGGCUGCUUCCUGAACAACUACUGCAGUCACAACCGCGCUUGGGAACUCAUGGCUGCAUCCCUUACUCACAAUCUGUUGAUCGGCAACAAGUGUGGAAACUGGCCUCAGGUCAAGUUGAACACAUGCAGUGGUUACCUGCUUAGAAUGGGAAAUAAUGACCAUAUUAAACUUGGGUCUGGUAUGUUCAGAGUCAAUACAAGAACCAAAUAUCCUUUUGCGUAAGUACGAGAGAAGAAAAACUAAACUUUAGUUUGUAUCUUCGAAACUAAACAUAAAUAAUAUAAAUUAUACCUUUUAUUUAUAUCUGCAUUGUUAUAUAGCUGCAAUAAAAAUGUAUAUUGUU